CUUUAUGAAGCCACCACAGUAUCCCGCGCUCUUCUCUGCAAUUCAUCGCUCCGAUUACUCCCCCCUAAUCUCACCGCCACCAGAACCUGCACCACCAUUAACGGAAAACCCACCAACAAUCGAUUUUGUUUUGAAGUUCAUUCAUUCUAAUUGAUGGGAGCUCUCCAAUUUCAUCAACAUCAUCAUCAACUGCAAAUCUCCCCAAAAUUCAUGACCCCAAUUUUUUCCUGUAAUCUCAGAGCUAUCACCACGACUCUUUGCUUACGUUCCAUCGUCUCCGAGCGUUUCUCUACCUCUCUCCCAAAAUUAUGCACACCUAGGAGUGCUAAAAUCAAGGCAAUAAGUAAGGUUUCUGCUGACGAGCUCAAAGAGAAAUGGUUAUAUUCUCUCACAUGCCCUCCUCCCCUCAAGGAAACGGAAAACCCUAUACCAGAAAAUGACGUGAGUCGUGGAAAUGAAGAUGUUCCUACAAGCAAUUCCCGUUCACAAUGGGUUAUCGGAAUUGACCCUGAUGUUUCCGGUGCAUUAGCUGUCUUGAAAACCGAUGAUUUGGGCUAUUCUGCUCAGGUAUAUGAUUCUCCUAAUGUGAAAGUAGUUGUAGGCAACCGUGUAAGGCGUCGUUUGGAUGCAAAUGCCAUGGUUGAGUUGCUUAGAAGUUUUAAUAUUCCAGUUGGAACAACUGCAUACAUAGAACAAUCAAUUCCAUUUCCAGGGGAUGGGAAGCAGGGAUGGUGGAGUGGUGGAUUUAAUUAUGGGCUAUGGAUUGGAGUCCUGGUUGCAUCUCAAGUGUCUGUUGUCCCAGUGCCAUCUAUGCGUUGGAAAAGUGAGUUCAAACUCUCUGGAAAUGGCUCAACAAAGGAUAAUAGCAGGGCACUUGCAUGCACUCUAUUUCCACAAAUAAGUUCAUCUCUGAGAAGGAAAAAGGAUCAUGGCCGGGCUGAGGCUUUGCUAAUUGCUGCAUAUGGGAAAGGCAUAAAACUCAACUCUGAUUCUUCAAACACCAACACUACUACAACAACAACAACUACUACAUAGUAUUUAAUCUUUUGUUUCAAUAUAUUAUAAUAACUUCCUCUUUCCCUAUUUUGUUGCAUUGUAUGAAAUAUUAUUUUAUAUAAAAUAAAAUGUCUGAC